CCGCUGUAGGAGGAUCACAGAAUUACCGUGGAGACACGUUUGUUUUUUUUCCUUGUGUACGGCCGAAGGAGGAAGGAAAGAGCACUCUUUUCAAAUUUGGAGCAUUGAUGGACUGGGACCGACUGAGGCCUAGAGAACGCUGCAGGCAUGUCGUAUGGCUUAGACCUGAACUUUUCUUGUUUGGUGAUGUGUGCGCAUGAAGUGUGAGAUACACCAUGGGAGCGGUGCUAAGCUGGUUUUCGACUCUCGUUUACUUCUUGGUGCUGGAUACAGCUUGCACAUUGAUACGCAGAAAACCAAAAGAAUGCCUCGAAGGACCCCCUCAACGAUGUAAAGGAUCUCGAAUGGAAGAUGCCGGCUCAGUUGACAAAGUCUUCAAAGUGAGCCCGAAAAGAAUGGCGGGAGGUUACACUCGGGAAUCCCGGAGCGAGUCGAGGACGAUUUCAGAUCUUCGUCAAGAGUCGAAAGAUUCUCUGGGUGGCCCGGUGGGAUCGGAGGACGUCCCCGAAGACUUCUGCCCCCCUCAAAGUAAAAGCAGAAGGCUGAAAGCACUUUCGCUUCAGCACAACCACGGGAGGAAGGUCUUCGCCACGCGCCGGCUCAUAAAACGCCAGAACAACUCGGGCCAUUCUGCUACUCCUUUGGAGUUCGGCGCCGAAGACGCGUGUUCAAUCGAUUACCGAGGCUUUCCGACCAAAUUAGCACAAAAGCAACAGCAAUCGAGUCGCGAUCGAGUUUGCGUCGACGUCGGUGAAAAAACGGAGCCGAACGCAAACAGAGCCGCGACCUUAAACGCAAAGCCCAGCAGUGUUACCGCUGCAACCCAUGAGGAUUUUUCCUCUUCCUCUCGAUGGCACAAGGAUCACGCUUUCUCACGGAGCACCCCGAUUGGUCUGGAUCGUCUAGGCCGGAGAAGGCGCUUCUCAAACUUUUUGCCUCUUCCUGAUGGGGCCUCCCACAAGUCCAGGUCCAGAGAAGAGUGGAGUGAGGAAGACUUGCCGUACGAAGACUUUUGCGCUUCCGCUCACUGUUUCGGACAUCCGGGAGGAGGCGGCGGGGAGCAGCUGGCUGUCAAUGAGCUCAUCGGCGACGGCAACGCGGUGUACGCCGAGGCGCUCUGGGAUCACGUCACCAUGGAUGAGCGAGAGCUCGGCUUCAAGGCCGGCGACCUCAUCCAAGUGGUGGACGCCACCGACAAGGAGUGGUGGUGGGGCCGCAUGGUGGACAGCGAGGGAUGGUUUCCGGCUUGCUUUGUUCGGUUGCGUGUGAACCAGGACGAGCCCACAGAGGACUUGAAAGCCCACCCGGAGGCGGACGAACGGGCCGGGGGCAAAGAACGGCCGGGACUCGGAUGGUACUCGGGACCCGGGCUGCCCGGCAAGGAGCGGAUGAGGGCCAACGUUGUCAAAGAGAUCAUGAGCACGGAGCGAGAUUACAUCCAUCACCUGAAGGACAUCUGCGAGGGUUACAUCAAGCAAUGCCGCAGGAGGACGGACAUGUUUACGGAGGAGCAGCUCGGCGGCAUCUUCGGCAACGUGGAAGAGAUCUACGAGUUCCAGAGAAAGUUCCUGCGGAUCCUGGAGAAGCAGUACGACAAGGAGCGACCCCACCUGAGCGAGAUCGGUUGCUGCUUCCUGGAAGGCCAAGUCCACUUUCAGAUCUAUUCCGAGUACUGCAACAACCACCCGAACGCCUGCGUCCAGCUCUCUGCGCUCAUGAAGGCGAGCAAGUACGUGUUGUUCUUCGAGGCCUGUCGACUCCUCCGGAAGAUGAUCGACAUCUCCCUGGAUGGCUUCUUGCUCACGCCGGUUCAGAAGAUCUGCAAGUAUCCCUUGCAGCUGGCCGAGCUGCUCAAGUACACCAACCCGGGCCACAGGGAGUACCAAGACGUGGAGGCCGCCCUCGACGCCAUGAGGAACGUGGCCAGGCUCAUCAACGAGAGGAAGCGGCGCCUGGAGAACCUGGAGAAGAUCGCCCGCUGGCAGGGCUCCAUCGAGGGCUGGGAGGUAGGCGCCGCGAGGGAUGCGGGCAAGCGCCGCGCUUUCUGGAGCCCUUUUCUCUCUGCGCAGGGCGCGGACGUAUUGAGCAGGAGCUCCCAUCUCAUCUUCUCGGGAGAGUUGACCAAAGUGUCUCCGCCGCACGCCAGGAGUCAACAGAGAAUGUUUUUCCUCUUUGACCAUCAGAUCGUCUAUUGCAAAAAGGAUCUCCUGCGCCGGGACACGCUCUAUUACAAAGGCCGGCUGGACACGGACCGCAUGGAGAUCACAGAUGUCCGGGACGGCAAGGAGAAUCACUUUAACGUCAGCGUGAAAAACACACUGCGGCUGCGAUGGCCGUCCGGCGAAGAGGUGCACCUCCUGUGCGCCAAGAAGCCCGAGCAGAAAGAGCGCUGGCUUCGAGCCUUCGCCGAAGAGAGGAGGCGAGUCCGGUCCGACCGGGAGACAGGUUUUGCGCUCACCGAAGAGCAGAAAAAACAGGCCAUCGCCAACGCCCGCAAAAGCCGUCCGGCCGGCAAACCCAAAGCGGUGAGCGGAGCGUACCGCGACUUUGUGCCGAGAGCCAAAGAGCCGGCCCUCGCCGCGGCCUUGCCGCCGUGCCGCGUCUUGGUGCUGGAGGAACCCAAGCGCAAAGCCUCCACCUUCUGGCACAACAUCAGCAGACUGACGCCCUUCAAGAAGUAAUACGCAAGCCAGAUGGGUAUCUUGCUUCUUUGCUGUCGAGGAAACGUGGACAGUUUGUUUUUUAUGAGGAAGGAAAUUCCCACGCGAUCCACCCCCCCCCCCCACCACCCCACCCCCGUUACGUUUUUGCUCAAUGCCGACCGUUCCCUCACAGUGCCAGAUGACUUGGUUUGAUGUCGACUUUCGUCUCUUGUCAAGUUCUCGCAAAAGCGAACGGGAGAUUUCCUUCCAAACUCGUCGGCAAGACGAACAAAAGGAUUUCGGGGAGGGAGGCGGGGCGAGCGAGACACUUUUAAGUUCCAAACAGUGACGGGGACCGCCGGAGCGUCGGCGGGCGUCCUCUUUUGCGGUGGGCUCCGAUCGGCAAAUAAUUCCCCCCAGCCUUCAUUCCUGUGGGCUAUUUUGCAACUCCGCUGGUGAGCGAGCGACAACAUCUUGACUGAGCGGCGCUCCACCGAGCUUGACUCGACAUGCGCCGACGUGACUCAACUCAAACGUUGGACAGAGGCUCCGAUGGAAUGAAUGAAAAUGAGCGAGUCCCUCUACCAUUCGCAACAAGAGUGAGAUUUGGUGAGGGGUGGGGGGGGCUGCUAAUCAAAACAGAUACUGGUAUCAGAACCGCCGAAACACGCCGAACGUUACCAGCGAAAGCAAGAGCCCCGUUAUUUCCCCGACGUCACGUUCGACCGCAGCGGAGCGACGUUAGCCGGCUUUGCGCUGGGCCGUUGUCAUGGCAACAGCGACGGGGGGGGGGCGGCGCUAUUUUUAUGGCCGGGCGGCGGCAGAAGAGCGCCGGCCCAGACGGCUUCUUAUUUCCGGGAAGAAACAAGGCGGCGUACGGACACUCUGGCUUGGCCGAAAUGAAAGCAGAACGAAUGCGAAGGACGGAAACGUUGGGAUUGUCCAAAUGGGAGCGACGAGACAAUAUUUAAUGCCAUUAAAUGAUGUCAUCCGGGCCUUCAAAGGGAGCGUGGUGUCGGUCUUGCUUAUUUGCCGAGCCGGCGUAGCUUUUUUGAUCCGACUUCCCCAUCGGCUAAAAAUAAAUCAACAUCUCAGAGAAGGAAUCCCAAAGAAAAGCUAAAGGAAGGGGAGAAUACGUCGCUCUAUAUAAAAACCAAACGAAGACCUUUAAACACGAACCCCAUUCAAGCAGAUUCGGGAUCAACAAUACAAGCCACUUGAUUUUCCAAUCAAUAUUUUAUUGUUGCGGAAGUGGCACGGGCAAGCAUGAGCACUUGCAAGCAAAACCUGAGCGCGUUUCAAACGUGACGUGGAAAAACAACACCGGAAGCCAAGAAACACAGAGCUUGCGCUUCUCAUUCAUGCUGUUGGGAAAUGGGGGCGGGGGGAGUGUCUUUACAUUGAAUAUUUACGCUGUUGGUAAAUAAAAAGUUGGGAUCAAAUCCGUGAGGCAAGCAGA